UGAAAGCUAGCGAGAUUUCUCCAUUAACACACACAAAAUAGUACAAAAGACAGCUAAUAUAACACUAUUUGCCUCAUUGUUACAGUGGAAUUUAUUAUUUAUUUUAUCUUCGAUCAUUUCAGUGAUUAAAAGAUGCAUUGUGCGGUGGUUCGUUGGUUACGGUUUUAAUUUGAACGUUCAUAACGGAAACCCAAACAAGUAAGGUUAGCUCGCUUGACGCUAGUCCGCUAACUUCAGUUAUGGUCAGCCAACCGAAGCAUGGGGUACUUUGACUCUCUUCGUUUUUUUACUCGCUAACGUUAAAUAAUGAGAAUGUCGUGUCGAGUGUUGUGACAUGGUCGAUAUUUACUGUUUUAUUUAAUUUAAUUUUAAAACGGAAACGCCAGCCUGUACGUAACACAGCGAACUCUUCUCUGUAGUACGUUAUCCCUCACCUCCCCGACCAGCGUCGACCACUGCUAGCUAUUAUGUGAUUAUGAAUAACUGCCGUCGAGGGAAGUUAUAAUUGACAUUAUCAUAUCUGAAUGGCUACAAUAGCAGCUUCUCUGUCUUCAUUUAACGCCCGCAUGCUGUUAUUUCGCCAGCCAUUUGAGCUGCGCGUCGGGAGGAACCUCUAUAUUUUGUUGGCGGAAACAACCGAACCCACGACGCUGUAGUUGACGUCCGAAAAGAUGUCUUUCUUCAAUUUUCGGAAGAUAUUCAAGUUUGGGCCUGAUAAGAAGAAGAAGCAGUAUGAACAUGUGCAUAGAGACGUUAACCCAGAGGAAUUUUGGGAGAUCAUUGGGGAGCUGGGAGAUGGAGCGUUUGGGAAAGUGUUCAAGGCCCAGAACAAGCAGAAUGGGACCCUCGCUGCUGCAAAGGUUAUUGACACAAAGACAGAGGAUGAACUGGAGGAUUACAUGGUAGAGAUUGACAUCCUGGCCUCCUGCAACCACCACCACAUCGUUAAACUGCUGGACGCCUUCUAUUUUGAAGGCAAACUUUGGAUUCUGAUUGAGUUCUGUGCGGGUGGUGCAGUGGAUGCCAUCAUGUUGGAGCUGGAGAGGCCCCUGACAGAGCCCCAGAUCCGUGUGGUGUGCAAGCAGACCUUGGAGGCCUUGUCAUACCUCCAUGAGAACAAGGUCAUCCACAGAGACUUGAAAGCUGGGAACAUCCUACUCUCCUUGGAUGGAGAUGUGAAACUGGCUGACUUUGGGGUGUCUGCUAAAAAUACCAAGACGUUACAGAGAAGAGAUUCUUUCAUUGGCACUCCAUAUUGGAUGGCCCCAGAGGUGGUAAUGUGCGAAACAUCCAAGGACCGUCCAUACGACUAUAAGGCUGACAUCUGGUCCCUCGGGGUAACCCUGAUAGAGCUGGCGCAGAUCGAGCCACCCAACCACGAGAUGAAUCCCAUGAGAGUGCUGCUGAAAAUAGCCAAGUCCGAGCCGCCCACGCUCAUGCAUCCCUCUCGCUGGUCACCAGAAUUCAGCGACUUUCUGCGGAAAGCACUGGAUAAGAAUGUGGACAGUAGGUGGGACACACAGCAGCUUCUACAGCAUCCUUUUGUCACCAGUGUAACUGAUAGCAAGCCUCUCAGAGAGAUCAUAGCCGAGGCCAAAGCUGAGGUCACAGAGGAGAUCGAGGAUAGCAAGGAGGAGGAGGAGGAGGAAGAGCCCGAUACGCCUGUGGCGGUUCCUGGGCACAAGCGAGCGGCAUCUGAUGCCAGCGUGGCCAGCUCAGAGGAUGACAGAGUCCCACCAACUCCCUCCAUGCUGGAAUCUGUUACAGAAAAAACGGAGGCUGAGCCCGCUGAGGACCGUACCAGUGAUAAGCUCUCUGAUGAAGGACUUGGAACAAGUGAAGUAGACAAGACUGAGGAGGAGAAACUCAAUGAGGUGUCUGAUGCCAGUAAUGAAGACCUGGCCUCUGGGCUAAUAGAGCCUACCAAGGACAUUAUCUCACAAGAACAUACAGAGCCUAAACUAGAUGAUGGCCAAGCUGAAAAGAUUCCUGCUCAGCCUGUAGUAUCACAGCUAGAAGAACCGAUAGAAUUUGUCACAGAUGGUCAAGAAACACAGGAAGAACUGAAGGAGACACAAGAGUACGAACCUACCCAAGUAAUAGAAGAAGAAAGAGAACCCGAGAAGGUGAAAGAAGAGGAAGAAAAAGAAGCAGAGACAGAAGAAGCCAGAGAAUCACAAGGGCAACCUGAAGAUAUACCAGAAGAACCCGAAUCCAUAUCAGGACAGGUGGCUGAGGGAGGAGAAGAAAGCAAAGAAGCAGAUGAGGAGAUACUUCAACAUAAAGCAACAGAGGACAGAAUAGAAGACACAGCUAAUGGCACAGAUGUAAAUAUUAAUGCAGAGAAUAUAGAAUCAAAUGUAAUUGAUACAAACAUAAAUGGAGACGCAGACACAAAGUCGAGUGUGGAGGAGUCCUCCGCUGAGGUUUUGUUUGAGAAGGAAGCCAUAGAAAGUCGGGCAGAUGACAAGCCUGAGAAUGAGGCCCCCGAGCAGCCAGAGCAGCCUGAACAAGACAGUCACCCCAGAGAGGAGGUUGGACUGGAGGAUUGGGCUCCAGCUGAAUCCACAAAUGGAGUCAGUGAAGAAGCCAAAGACACCUCUGAGGAUUCAGAACAAGUGGUCCCAUGUAAAGAUGUCACUGCGAAGGAAGAUGAGGAGAAGGCCGCUCCUGCAGAUGAGAGCACUUUCCAAGAUGCUGUCUCUGUCCCGGAGAGUGAAACGGAUUCCGAAAGCAAGCUCGAGCAUGGAAGCCCUGCUGUGAUCAAGCCAGAUGUGGAGAAGGACUCUGACUCUGGAAGCAGCUCUGCUGCUGAUAGCAACAGCCUUGACCUUAAUCUGUCCAUCUCCAGCUUCCUCUCCAAGAGCAAAGAAGGGGGCUCUGUGUCUAUGCAGGAGUCAAAACGUCAGAAGAAGACUCUGAAGAAGACACGUAAGUUCAUGGUGGAUGGUGUGGAGGUCAGCGUGACAACAUCAAAGAUAGUUACAGAUAACGACACCAAGAGCGAAGAGAUGAGGUUCCUGAGGCGGCAGGAGUUGAGAGAGCUGCGCCUCCUGCAGAAAGAGGAGCAAAGGGCCCAGCAGCAGCUGAGCAACAAGCUGCAGCAGCAGAGAGAGCAGAUCUACCGGCGCUUUGAACAGGAAACUGCUGCUAAGAAGCGUCAGUAUGACCAAGAAGUGGAGAAUCUUGAGAAGAAGCAGAAGCAGACCAUUGAGCGACUGGAACAGGAUCACACCAGCCGGCUCCGUGACGAAGCCAAACGCAUCAAAGCGGAUCAAGACAAGGAGCUCUCCAAGUUCCAAAACAUGCUGAAGAACCGGAAGAAAGAGGAGCAGGAGUUCCUACAGAAGCAGCAGCAAGAGCUGGACGGAGCUCUAAAGAAAAUCAUCCAGCAGCAUAAACUAGAGAUCGCCACUAUUGAGAGAGACUGUCUCAACCACAAGCAGCAGCUGAUGCGAGCUCGAGAAGCAGCCAUGUGGGAGUUGGAGGAGCGCCACCUGCAGGAGAAGCACCAGCAGCUGAAGCAGCAGCUGAAGGACCAGUACUUCUUGCAGAGGCACCAGCUGCUGAAGAGGCAUGAGAAAGAGAUGGAGCAGAUGCAGCGCUACAAUCAGCGGUUGAUAGAGGAGAUGAAGAACAAGCAGACUCAAGAGAGGGUCCGUUUGCCCAAGAUUCAACGCAGCGACGCCAAGACCCGCAUGGCCAUGUUCAAGAAGAGCAUACGCAUCACCGCCACUGCAUCCGUCACGCCAGAGCAGGAGAGAGAGAGGAUAAAACAGUUUGCUUCUCAGGAAGAAAAGAGGCAGAAGAACGAGAGGCUCCAUCAACACCAGAAACACGAGAACCAGAUGAGGGAUCUGCAGCUGCAGUGCGACUCAAACAUCAGAGAGCUGCAGCAGCUACAGAAUGAGAAAUGCCACCUUCUGAUUGAACAUGAAACCCAAAAGCUGAAGGAGCUGGAUGAGGAGCACAGCCAAGAGAUAAAGGAGUGGAGAGAGAAGCUGAGACCCAGGAAAAAGGCUUUAGAGGAGGAGUUCACACGGAAGCUGCAGGAGCAGGAGGUCUUCUUCAAGAUGAGCGGUGAAUCUGAAUGCCUUAACCCCACCACCCAGAGUCGAGUAUCAAAAUUCUACCCCAUCCCAAACCUGAACAACUCUGGUUUAUAGCCUCGUGUCUGUCUGUGCUACAAAACAGACUCCUAUCGAACUGCGCUCACUGACUCGCCCUUGCGGAGCGACAUCAUCUCUCCGACCGUUACUGAUAAACAUGAAAAAUGUCUUCACUGCUUUGAUUCCACCGUUGGUGAGCAUGACAUGCCUACACACUGAUCCCUCACUUAAUCAAUUUUUCUCAGCUUCUUGGGAAACUUCCAGUGGAUAAUAUGCACUUUUUGGAGCAUGUUGGAAUUUGAAAAGUUAGCUAAGGCCAAUCAUGCUUAUGAGUGAGCACAGCCUGCUACAGUACGAAUGAUCUCUAGUGCCUCAUUUGUUCUUUUUUUCUGCAUUUAGGCCCUUCCCCUGUGUUUUCUCAGCUUGCGGUAAAUACACCACCCCCCUGAAUGUCUUGCACUUAAACAACUGGUUAGCAUUUCCACCUCUCAACAAGAUGUUGAGAGAUUGUUUUAAUCAUUUCACGCAAGGUGGUGAUUCAGCCGACACUGAGAUUUGUUUUCCUGCAUGUGAGGUCGAACUGGUUCAAGGGAGAUCAACUGAUGAGUCUGUGGACUCAAAAAGAAAAAGCCUGUCGUUGUAAGACUUUGUUACGUCUGUGUAGUCCUACAUGUCAUCACGGGAAUCAAAAACCGCUCCGUUUUGGGAUCAUAAAGGCUGUCGAGUUCAAAUUUAAAGGAAUGUACUGUGCUGUAAAUGACGCGCUGAGUGAAAUGUUACGUGUGUGCACCUACAUAUGAAGUUUAAUCAGAUACUGUGCUUAACCAUGAAGAUUUUACAGUCUUGCGAGAUGAAUAAACAAAAAUGUAUCUAUUGCUUUAGCACAUUAUUUCAUGUCAGUGCUGUGCUCCCAAACACACAUUCCCCCUGUUCAGUUUAACUCUGAGAAUGACGAAAUACUUUUUUCUUUCUUCUAAUCUUUUUAAUGUAGAAAAUAAAUCACUACCUUCUGGGAGUAAUUUCGAGAGUUGUUCUCACAAAGGAAUGCUUUGUUGUGACAUAUAUAAACACAUGAAUACUGAAGGAAUGUAAAGCUGUUGAUUUGCACUGUUUUGCCACUUGAACUAAAGAAAAAAUAUGCAGUAAUAUAAAUUGUCAAUGUAUGCUUGACAGUGAGUCACCUUUGUCUCACCCAAGUCUAUUCCAACUCCAAACUGACUGAAUUAUUUCAACAUUUUUACUCACAAUUUUGCCUUUUUUUAGUUUUUUUUUUUUUUAAAAAUGCCCUUGAGUAUUUUAUGGCCACAUCUAGUUUUCUAAACAUGUAUUCCUGAUAUAUUGAUGCUGUAAUCGCUCUUUUUGUUGAGCUUUUGCUCUUGCUGAGUCCAGUGUUGUACGAAAGGUAAAAUGCCGUAUCUGUAAGCGUUUGAGUUUCAACGUGUGAGACGUCCUUCGCUGUAUUUUAUGAGCAAAGUAAUGGUGAUUCACAAAAAGAGACCUUCUCUAAGAUAACGAUACCUGAUUAUUACUUUGCCACUGCGAUGCAUGUUAUAAUUUUUGUACGCUGACAUUAACGUUGACUUGUCAUGAAUGCUGGAUUUUUAUUGGGGUCAUUGGAGACUGUGUCAGAUUGUGAAUUACACCAUACGCCCCAUAUAUUUCAAAUACUUUUUUAUUUUGUUAAGUUACAGCAUUUUAAUGUGUCAUUCUACCACAGUGAAUAUUCUUAGUAUAUUUGAUGUCAGAUCAAAUGUAUUUCAAGUGUCUAUAUGGACAUUUUUUGUUGUAAAUAAAACACUGACUGUUUAUUUGA